AUGGAAAUUGACAAGCUUGUGGUGGUGCAGGACUACGAGGUGCAGGUAUACCGCGCGCAUGCGCUGCUGGGCAACACGGCGGUGCUGCGCUGCGUCAUCCCGCCCUUCCUCAGGGACCAUGUCUCCGUCUCCUCCUGGUUCCGGGACGACACCAUCAUCCUGCCAGGAUCUCACGAAGCGGGUGGCGGCCGCUUCGUGGUGACGAGCACCGGGGACCUGCUGGUGAGGCGGGCCACGGCGGCGGACGCCUCAUCCCGCUACAGCUGCCUCACGCUGCACGCACUUACCGGGGAGCGCCGCAGGAGCACCCCGGCCCAGCUGCUCACCGUCACAGAGGCGACAGGCGGGAUGCCGCCACGGCUGACGCAGCGCUCGAUGACGUCACUGACAGUGGAGCAGGGACAGCACGUGACGCUGGGUUGUGCCGCGCAGGGGCACCCACCGCCCACCUUCUCGUGGUGGCACGAGUCCGGGACGCCGGUGGCUUCUUCUGGGCGCGUGUGGGCGUCGCAGGAGGCGCUGCACAUCCUGGGGGCGCGGCCGGAGGACGCCGGCAGGUGGGAGUGUCGCGUGCACAACGCCUUCGGGGAGCAGCGGGUGCACGCCUCGCUGCAGGUGACCGCGCCGCUCGCCGUACACGUCACGCCACACCUGCUGGUGGUGAACUCCGGAGAGUCGGCGACGUUCAACUGCUCGGUGUCCGGCUCGCCCGUGGGCAGCGUGGAGUGGCUGCACAACGCGGAGCCGCUGGCCGCCGGCCGCGCGCGCCUUUUGUCGCCGCUGGUUCUGCACGUGGCCGCUGCGACGCGCGCGCAUCGCGGCGUCUACCAGUGCUUGGCCCACGGCGAGGCUGACAGCGCGCAGGCGUCGGCGGAGCUCCGGCUCGGAGACACGGUGCCGGAGCUGCAGUCGACGUUCAUCGAGCAGGCGCUGAGCCCGGGACCCCCCGUGUCGCUGCGCUGCUCGUCCGCCGGCAGCCCGCCCCCGCAGUUCACCUGGAGGCUGGACGGGCAGGCGCUCACCGCCGCCAGGCUGGGCCACAGGUACACAAUUGGUCAGUACGUGGACCAAGCUGGCGACGUCAUCAGUCACGUGAACAUCUCCUCCGUUCGUGUGCAAGAUGGCGGCCUGUAUAGCUGCAGUGCUGCCAAUGCAAUGGGCUCCGUCCAUUACGAAGCCAGGCUCAACAUCUACGGACCACCGUACGUGCGCCCGCUGCCGGGCCCGGUGCGCGCCGUGGAGUCUGGGCAGGUGACGCUGCGCUGCCCGUACGCCGGAUACCCAAUCAGCGGCGUCUCCUGGGAGCGCCGGGGAGUCCCCCUGACAAGUGACUUGCGGCGCGAGCUGCGCGACGGUGGCGCCGCCCUCCACAUCCUGCGCGUCGACCCGGCCGCCGACGCGGGCGUCUACGUCUGCACAGUGAGGGGCUCCCAGGGGGACGUCGCCAGGGGAGAGGUGGCGCUGGCUGUCGACAGUCCGCCGGUCGUGGUGCCCUUCUUCAUCCCAACAAACCUGCGGGAAGGAGCCAGGGCGCAGGUCAGCUGCGGCGUGUCCUCUGGAGACUUGCCUAUUCGUUUCGCCUGGCUCAAAGAUGGCGCGCCAGUCCCCAAAUCUCUGCAGGUUACUGAGAAACAAGUGAGUGAGUUCCUCAGCGUGUUGCUGUUCAACAAAGUCUCCUCACACCACAGUGGGACGUACACUUGCGUCGCGUCCAAUAAUGCAGCGAGCGCCAACCACUCUGCGCUACUGCAGGUCAAUGUGUCUCCUCAGUGGCUGGUGGAGCCCCACGACUCGUCCGCCCUCUCUGGGAGUCCACUGUCCGUCCACUGCCAAGCUCAGGGCUUCCCCCAGCCAGUAACCUCCUGGUUGCGCGGACAAGGAGGAAAACCGAACGACUUCCAGCCCUUGGAGCCUUCAGAACCUCACAUGCUGGUGAUGGCGAACGGGACUCUAGCGAUUCCGUCUGCUUCUGCAGAGGACGAGGGCUUCUACCUGUGUCGUGCUGAUAACGGCAUUGGUGCCGGGCUCAGCAAGGUGGUCGAGAUAGCUGUCAAUGAACCGGUGAGGUUUGACGUGAUGGAGAAGAAUGUGACAGCCCGCCGCGGUCAGCAGGUGACACUGAAAUGUGACGUCAGAGGAGACCACCCCAUACAAGUCAACUGGUUGUUCAGGGGGCAACGUCUGCACCACAGUUACAGACUCAGCAUGUCAGAAAUGAAGACGGCUACGGGACUGCAGGCUCAGCUGGUGAUCGACCAGGCUGACAGGCAGGACUCCGGCCUCUACGUGUGUGAAGCGGGGAACGUCUUUGGCCACAGCGAGCUGCUGGUCCGCUUGGCUGUCCAAGAACCUCCUGAUCCACCAUUGGACGUUGAAGUGGUUGAAGUGAACAGUAGGUCAGUUCGCCUGUCCUGGCACCCUCCCUUCGAUGGGCACAGCACCUUAAUGGGAUACCUUAUACAGUAUAAGAAAGCUACCAGCCUCAUGGAUGAUUGGCAACAUGCUGGAACCGUUAACAUCUCCAUCCCAUCUUCAGGUGCUGAUUUAACAAGUAAGAAAAUUGAUUCCAAAAAGAAUGCCAUGAUAACGGACCUGCAUCCAGCCACUACCUACCACAUCAGGAUCCUUGCAGUUAAUGCUAUUGAGGCCAGCAUCUUCACAGAUCCACUUACUGUAAAGACGCAAGAAGAAGCUCCAACGGGGACCCCCCAGGAUGUGCGCGCGGUAAACAUCGACCCUGAUGAGCUUCUUGUGACAUGGAAGGCACCACUGGCGGAUACCUGGAAUGGAGAGAUACUGGGAUACACAAUAUACUGGAAUCCUCACAGAACUGUGUUUGAUGAGACUAACAGUACAAAUAAGCAAGAGGUACGGGGAUCGUCUACUACGGAACUCAGAUUAAGACAACUGAAGAAAUUCACAAAAUAUGAUGUUUACGUACAGGCUUUCAAUAGCAUGGGAAGUGGACCGCUAUCCUCAGCAGUCACUAUUACUACGCGAGAAGGAGUUCCAGAAGCUUCCCCGGAGAACAUAACCUGUUCUGCGCUCUCGUCACAAAGCGUCAAGGUCAGCUGGUCACCACCACCUCCCCAAAAUCAUGGCGGCAUCAUACGUGGAUACAAAGUCAUAUACAGGCCUGUUGUUACCGAUCACAAUUUUCGAACGGUAGGAAGUGAAGUGAAGAGGACGCCCAAUUUGGAAACCUACCUGCAUGGCCUUCUCAAGUUCACAAACUACACCCUGAGGUUGUUGGCUUUCACAAAUGUUGGAGACGGAGUCAUGAGCCACGCUGUCUUCUGCUCAACAGAACAGGAUGUUCCCGGACCACCGGCUGCUGUGAAGGCCCUGACGCUGACUUCAGACUCCAUCCUCGUGUCGUGGCUGCCUCCUGAGCAGCCCAACGGCCUCAUCACGCAGUACACCGUUUACUGCAGCAGGAAGAACCACCCCUCCAAGACGAGUAGUUUCCGAGUCGGUCCCACAUCAAGCUCACUUGAAAUUCGAGGACUAAAGGAACUGGAGCCAUAUGAGUCGUGGGUCACAGCCUCUACUAUUGUAGGAGAAGGAGAGAGAACCAAGUCAAUCACACAGGCACCCAAUUCAAGAGCUCCGGCGCGCAUUGCGUCCUUUUCUCAAGUUCUACGCGAAGCCCUGGACGCCAGUGUGACGCUGGAGUGUACGGCAGUGGGAAACCCCACCCCAAACGUGUCGUGGCAACACAGGAAGGAGAACCUCAAAGCCGACCCCAGAUUCAGCAUCUCACAGAGCUCUCUUCUCAUCACCAAGCUGAAGAAAGAGUACGAAGGAAACUACUCUUGUAUUGCAAAAAAUCUGUUUGGAGAAGACAGAAUAAACUACAAGAUCAUUGUAAUUUUGCCUCCUGAAGCUCCUUUACUUGAAGUUCUGGGUUCAGACCAUCACAGUAUUAAAUUGCAAUGGACAGCUCGUAUGGAUGGAGGUGCACCCAUUUUAGGUUAUGUAUUAAACUACAAAAGGGACCACGGAAACUUGGAAGAAGUGCAUCUGGAGGCUGAAAAGGCAUUUCACACGCUGGAGAAUCUCAGCUGUGGAUCUACAUAUCACAUAUUUAUUUCUGCACACAACAGAAUUGGAGACAGUCCACGAAGUGCUAUUCUGACGGCUAAGACAAAAGGAACAGAACCGCAGGUACCGAACUCAGAUAUACUCGUCUCCGCAAAUGCAACUUCCCUGUGUUUGCAUUUGCACUCUUGGCCAGACGGUGAAUGCUCCAUGUUGUACUUUGUUGUGGAGUAUCGAAUUCUCGGAGACGAAAAUGAGUGGAUACUGAUUGACAACAACGCACCACCAAAGACGCUGCUAAUAGGGGACCUGCAACCGGCCACGUGGUACCAGCUGAGACUCACUGCCCACAACAGCGCCGGUUCCACUAGGGUGCACUUCAACAUCGCCACAACAACGGUCGCUGGCGCAACAGUUGGUCCAAUACAAGAAAACCGAGGCCCAACAGAUACAGCUCGGUUCUAUGAGGACAUUCACGUAAUAGUGCCUACGGUUUGCUCUGCAAUAUUCUUGUUAUCAGCUGGCCUGCUAGUGUAUGUGGCCAUACACAGGAGACAGUGUCAAAGAGAUGCGCAGUACAAAAGUAACAGGGGAGUUCCUGAAAGCCCGAGUGCUUGCAAGGCCGCCGCCGAAAUGGACAACAAGAGGAACUUCCAGCAGAUAUACUCAGCGUCCCCCACCAAAAUGGACGACCAUCAACUAGUUAAGCAGUCAGAUGCUUCUUCCGAUCUGUACGACAUGAGUCCGUAUGCUACAUUUCCUGUGUCAUCUGAUCCUCCUAGGACAAUAAAUGCACGGACAAUGGACUACGCCAUGCAGUUUAAAACAUUUGGACAUUUGGAAAAUGACUGUGGAGUGCAACACGGAUUUACUCGAACGGUCAACAAAAAAUUUCAGCAUAUACAUCCCGCUGGGAGCGACAUGCAGCAGUCGAUGACGUCGUCCAGCCUGCACAGGCACAGCAACGGCGAACACGGCCUCAAGAGGGCCGACGCCGGCCACAACUCGGAGUCGGACACGAGCGGCAGCCCCUCGGCAGCGAGCAGGUACCGGAGGCCCCUGAAGCAAGCCACGGCGAGGAGCCUAGAAAUUUAUCACCUUGACUCAAGUACUGAGUCCAAUGAGAUGUCUCCCAUCCCUCAAAGGAGACGGACACCGCGGCAUUAUCCUGCCUGCAGUGGUGAUAAAAGAGUGACGUCACACGACAGGUAGUCAAGCUCGGAAACAAGCUCCGCUGAAGGUGAUGCCAGUUUCUCCAGUUAUCAUCUCCAGCCACCUUCUGGAUUCUCAGACAGUCGAGAACUAAGUGAAGCUGAAUGUGACCAUGACACCAUCCAAUUUAACAAGUUAAUCAGUAGGUUUCGUCAACAAAAACUGGAAGAAAGAAGACAAUAUACAAUUCAUGUAUGACUUUACUAACUGUUUGGUGACACAUGCAGAUGGCGUCGUGUGGAUACAGCGCAAUUUCAUCAAGACACACUUUUCUUUCCGUGUGUGCUCUUCUUUGUGACUGUGUUUGACAUUUAUUCUUGAUUAUAAUGUGAAAAGAUUGGUAGCUCACAAGAUUUUCGCCCACUAUCAAAGACGUUUCAGAACUAUGUGGACACGUUUCUUAUUGCUUAAACAUAUUCCAGGAAAUUUAUGAAUACAUUUUUAUUGUUCAAACUUUUGAACUGUUUUCUGUGUAAAGUGUUUGAAUUUUAGAGCGGAGUUAAAAACUCUUAUAUACUAUUUCCGUAUCCAAAUGCGCUAGCCACGUUAUUUUUGAUACAAUACUGUAAAACAAUUUACGUGCAAGGACAGUAACGACGGAUUCUAAAAUUAUUAGGUG